ACAAAGGUGUUGUCGGAGGGAUGGAGUAAGUUGGCUGAGGAAUGAGGGUUAAGGCGGAGGGGGAGGGCUUAAGGAAGACAGGUGGAGAUGGAGUGAAGGGCGGCCUUGGAAGAAGUUUGAGAAAGGGUGUGUGUAGUGGACGAAGAGGAGGUAGAGGAGGUAGUAGAGGAGGAAGAGAAUGAAAAAGGGGAUGAGGAAAAGGAGGAGGUGGAAGUAAAGGGAGGAUCGGGCUAAAGGUGAGUGGUGGAGAGAUGGGGUAGAUACUGAAUGAAUGAAGGGGAGGUAGAAGAAGUAGAGAAGGAGGGGGAAGAAGAGGAAAAGGAGGAGAAAAAGGAGGAGGUGGGAGUAAAGAGGGUCGUAUGGAGGAGAGGGCUAAAGGUACGCGGUGGAGAGAUGCUACUGGACGAAGAGGAGGUAGAGGACAUGGAGAAGGAAGAGGAAGAGGAGGAAAAGAGGAGGUGAAUAUAAAUGGUAUCGCAUGGAGGAUAGGGCUAAAGGCGAGUGGUGGAGAUAGGGUAGGUUUUGGACGAAUAGGAGGCAGAGGAUGAUAUUAAUGAUGAUGAUGAGGAGGAGGAGGCGGAGAAGGAUAGAGCUGACCACCGCCCACCGCCAAGCAAGCGCUCACUCACUCACUCCCAGCCUGGACCUUAUUGGAAGACGCCACUCUCACUCUCUCACUGGCUCUCUUGGCGACCUCACGCACACCUUCGCCCAGAUAUGCCUCGCCCCCAUGCCGGCCCUGCCGCUCCUACUCUGCCCUGCUGCCUCCUGUUUCUCCUGGUGGUCCAGCACGCACAGCUCAUGUUGCCUGCGUGUGCACAGUUCCCGGCCACCGGUGCUGCCCACCCCUUCACACCCCCUCCGCUAGCCGCCCCCCAGCAGGCCGGCACCGCUUAUGCGACGCCCCUCAACGCCACCCUCAAGACAAGGGUUGCGGCGGCAGAGGAGGCUGAGGAGCGGUUGGCAGCAUUGUUUCAGCACCUCGUCUCGCAGUCCAACGCCACGGAGUACUAUCUGCUGUACGACGCCUCCCUCCCAGGCUUGGCGGGGACGAUAACAGCCAUCAGAGGACGAUGGCGUGGAAUGACUCUCUUCCGUUGCUCAUCCUCAUCCUCGUCGCUGGAGUGGUGGCUGACGGGCAUACACGGGGCGCUAACUAAAGGCUACGACCCCGCCACGCAUAGGAACGUGCUCGUCGCCUGCACCGCCUCCCGCACCGCAGAGAUCUUUCAUAAGGCAAGCCAGGCGGGCCUCGUGUCUCCGUCCGUGCAUUGGUACGUGGCCUUGGAGGAGGAGGGGGCGGCGGUGGGGGCCCUGGCAAGCCUACGGGAGGGCAUGCAGGUGACGGUGGCGGAGCGUGCUAAUGGCGGCCUCUACCACCUGUUGGCCUCUUACGUGGACACGAGUGGAGAAAUAGCGCUGGAGGAGGUCGGCUGGUGGCUGUGGCUGGGCGGGGGAAGAGCGAUCGGGGGCAGAGGAAAGACGGAAAGAAGAGGCGGAGACAGCGAAGCGAGGGAGAGCGCUGGAGGGCCCCCUAUACUGACCCGCUACGUUAAGGACCAGUAUAGGGACAUGCGGGGACGGCAGCUGCGAUCGUGUGUGGUGGAGAACUCGCCGUACUUCCGGAUCAAGACCUCAGCAGACGGCAGCCUCUACCCCGGGGAAGGAAUCGACGUGAACCUCCUCAACAUUCUCGCCGCCAAGAUGAACUUCACGUACCGGCUGGUGGAGGCGACGGACGGUCAGUGGGGUGAGGUGCUGCCCGGGGCCGUGACGGGCAUGAUCGGUGUGGUGGCACGAAGAGAGGCGGACAUGGCUGUUAAUGAGAUUACUAUCACAGGCAAAAGGGAGACCGUGGUCGACUUCUCGAUGCCAUACUACGUAGAGGGGACCGUGCUGAUGUCCCCAGCCCCGGAAGAGAAGAACCGCGCCUUUGCUGCCUUCUCCCCGUUCUCCGGUCUGGUGUGGGGGAUGGUGACGGCUGUGACGCUAGCGAUGGGGUUCGUGCUGGCGGCGGUGGUGUGGGUGCGGGAGCAGUAUGUCGGCAGGGGCAGGAUGGCCAGGCUGACCCUCAACACUCUCUCCUUCACCGUGUUUCGCUCCCUCGUGGUCCAAGGCAACCUGCUGUUCCCUAAAGAAACGCCGCUCAGAAUCAUCUUUUUGUUCUGGUACAUGUUUUGCUUCAUUAUAUACGCCCUAUAUUCCGGCACCCUCACGGCCGUGCUGGCCCUGCCCACCUUCACCAAGCCCAUCGAGACACUCACGGACCUGCUUGUGGCAGCACGGCAAGGCAGACUCCAUCCUGCUGUUGUAAAGGGAACUUCCAACGCUUUCCUCUUAAAGGAGGCGGAGGACGGCAUCUACAAGGAUGUCUGGGACGUCUUCGAACCCGCCCUCGGAUAUGCCAAGAACUACGACGCGGGAGCGGACAAGGUGAUGACGGGCCCCUUCGUCUUCAUCAACGCCAGGCUGGGCUCCGAGGUGCGUGCGGCGGCGCGGGGCAUCCAGAAAUUCUACAUCUCGCGAGACUCGUUCUACCCACAGAGCUACGGCAUCGCCUUCCAGUCAGGCUCCCCCAUCAGAGUCGUGAUUAGCCCCAUGCUCACCAGCAUCACCGCCUCGGGCCUAGUCGGGAAGUGGAUGAGGGACGAGGUACGCAAGGUGACCAAGUCCGUGGAAGUGGAGAAGAACUAUGCCAUCACCCUCGUCCACCUGCAGGCCGCCUUCUUCAUCCUGCUCUUUGGCUUUCUGAUAGCGGCCUCGGCUCUGCUACUGGAGAAGGCCAGCCACCGGUGCGGAUUCAAUAAGGGCGAGGUCAGGGUCACGGAGGGGGUCACUGUGCACCAGAAUGGACACGUUUCGGCCUCGUGACUUGGCCUGUGCCCCUGAGGUACCGAGUGUGAACCAAGGACAUAAGAUUUGCAGCAGCUGAGAGUUAGGAACAGGCAGAACAACCGAUGGAACGACAGAUGGACUGACGCACUGUGAAGCAAGACCCCGCACUCCCACAAACAUGGAACUUGCAGCAGCCAAGAGUCAGAGCAGGCAGGGAAAACAGAUAGUAUGAUAGAUCGACACGCACUGCACGCCCCACCAUCACGCUCACACCCACGCAGGUCUUCACUUUUCACUGUCGUCAGGAUGCAGAUGCGAUAUGAGCACAACGAGGACCAGCGGCAGAACGGACGAGAGACAGGGAAGCAAGAGAAGGAGGAGGAGGAGGAGGAACACCAGGAAGUCAAAAAAAUCGUUAGAAAAAAAAAAUGCAUGCAAAAGGAGAAAUCAAAUGAGUCGACCGAACGGACAGAGGAACACACACACACAAAAAAAAAUACUGAUACUGUGGAAAAAGACGAGUAACACAAAUGCAAGUAAAUUAUACGAAGCAAACUUACUUUGAAGCUUUAAUCUA